GCAUGGCUUUCAUGUCAUAGCUCCAUGCAUCAUGAACUUCUGUGCAUUCAUCCUAUGGGGUAUAACUGAAGGUUUUUUUGCAGAGGCUUUUACUUGCAGUGCUGUCAAUCUCCUGAGGAUCCUAUUGUUAAUUAAGAUGGCUCCAUAUUUGAGUUUAAUCCCAGAUCACAUCUGUGUUCUGAUAGUAAAAAGGAAGGCUGUCCACAUUGAGGUUUUGGUGAUUACGAUUGGCACAUUUUCUGUUCAUCUCUGGGAGUACCUGACAGACCGUUCCCCAAAUGCAUGGGCUAAAUUAGGAAUUGGACUGGGUUAUGGAUUUUCAAUGCUGCUCUGUAUUGUCGCUCUCUUAUCCUUUCGGACUACAGGUGUGUAUUCAUUUGAAAUGUUGGCAGUUGGCAUUCCCGUUCAGAUACUUUCGCUAGCUCAGAUAACAUCUGCAAUCACAAUUGAAUAUUUUGCGGCCAUUGCAGUUACUACUUUGGCAAUAUUAGCAUUAUCGUUCCUGAAGCCCUGCUGCAUGUUGGGUAGAAAAUAUGCAUAUGGAUGUCUGCUUGGCAUUGUUUUCCUGCUUCAAAUUGCAGCAGUCUUUCGACACUUCCAUAUGGUUCACCACAAAAAUAAAGAGAGCCCUGCGGUGAUGUCUGUGACUGCAUACCUCUACACACUGACAGCCACAUCAAGCUUCCAACAUCGCACCAAUUUACCUGCUAUUCCUCAUUCGAUUGUGUACCUGUUUGGGGCUACAGGCCUGAUUGUUGUGAAUUCUGUCAUAGUUGCAGUGGAAUUAAUUCAGAAAGCAAAAAAAGGCCAACGAACAAUAAGAGAUCUUCAAAUAAUUCUUCUGCCAAUUGAAUCCCUCUUUAUCAUUGGCUGGGUCACUUUACAGAUGUAUGCAUUAUGCAUGGAGAUAAAAAUAAAGAUAAGAAAACGGGAAAUGAACAAGAAUAAAAUUGCCCAUACAGACAAAAAGGAAGACAACAUCCCAAGGUCACCUCUGGGCUCACAGGUCUCACAUGAGCUUCAUGAGAUGGAACCAUUGUCUCCAUCUGAUUGCAGAGGAGCAACCUUACUGGAGGUAUCAGAGAGUGACACACAUUAAAGCACUCUGAAUAAACAACGUGUGAAGACACUGUGGAGCACAGAAUGACAUGCUGUCGAUCAUACUGUUUACUGUAUGAAUGAAUUCAUUUACAUGUCCAUUGCAUAAAGUUGCAUGACAUGAACAGCUGGUGUUAGAAUAUAGAAUAUGAGUAGCCAUGUUCAGUAUAGUAAGAAAUUACCACAAGGAAUGAAAAAGCUUUGUCUUCAUGAAGUUGAGUAACUGCACUGCCAUUAAAUAUCCACAAGGGGGAGAACAGAGAUCAGUAUGUAUGAAUGUAGGACUUCUUGCUGAUGUGUUCAUUUGAUGAUACUAACCUCACUUCAUCGCACUUAACUUCCACGAUCUGUCUUCAGCUGCAUGGUGGAUUUCAGACACAGUUCCAUGGUAGAGUGAUAUGCAGCUGAACCAACACAACAAAGGAAGUGUAUUUUCUGUGUACUUUUAGGGCAACAACUCAGUGAUGUGUCACAAAUAUGAAAUAGUUUACACAAAAAGUAUAAAUGAAAUCUUACUUAGGACCACUGAAGACCCAUAAAAACCUUUCUAUAAAUUAUAUGACUAGCUAAUCUGUCCAUUUUCAUGUUAAAUAUCUCCCUGAUUGGGCA